AUGGCGGGCGACGACCUUAUAGCUAAUGGCAGCCAAAACCAAAAAGAAAACUACUUCACGCAACCCUAUGUCUAUAUAGAACACUAUCUAGCACAGCUGGAAGAUGGUUGGCUGCCGGAAGAUGGACUGGAGGCAGAAGAUUCUGAAGAUGAUGACCCACCAAAUCCCCUUUAUACUAGGGAUGAACUUCUAAGUCUAUAUGAUAACAAUGGUGAUGAAGACAGUCAGGAAGAAAAUGAAAAUGAUCCUCCUCUUGUUGAAGAACUGGUGGAAGAACGAGAAAGUCAAAGCACAGUUCCUUGUGGUGGUACUUUCAAUACAUUAUUGGACAAAAGAAAACUUAUUUGGAAAAACAAGGACGUGAACUUAUAUGAGGAUCGAAUUACUUUCUUAGGCAGCUCAGCUUUUCCAUCAGAAAUAUGA